AGGGCCACUACCAAAUAAGACUCCUGUCAGCAACAAACCCUACAAAGAAUUGCAAUAUGAAGCCUUUGUGUUGGAUCCCAUUAUAAAGAAAACACUGGAAUCAAGUCAAAUAAAAGGUCAAGAUGAAAACAUGGAAAAGAAAAAUUUUGCAACGGAGGACAAGCUAGCUUCAAAACAGACUGAUACACCCACGGAGCGACAGAACAGUAGUGAAAAGAUUAAACAACAGACUGUGAGCCAAUCUAGUUUAUCAGCCAGGGAAAGCCAGAGCUCAAGAACUUCAGACCAAACAAGGGAUAAUGCAGUCAGUGAGAAACCUGGAGUUAAACCAAAACUGAAAUCAUCCACAAUACCUGAAAUAUCGGCGAUUGCAGACUAUGCUAGAUUAAAAGUAAUUGUUUCAGAAGAGCAGGAAAGCACAAUCCAGGAAUUCCCACCGAAAAAGGAAGGAUUCUUUCCACUCAUACAGAGUCGCCAUAGCAGACGUCCAGUGUUCACUCUUGACCAGAAAGAAUACCCCGUGAAAGAGAAGAAAAUGCCAAAUAAACCAGAGAUGAGUGCCAAGGUGAACAAAGAGCCAAAAGCAUUAGUAUUUCCCAUCACAGAAAAAGAACACCAAAGAACUGGGAUGUUCAAACUGGGAGAUAAAGAAAAGCAAGAGAAACCAGAAACCCAAGGUAUAUCAGAUACUGGAGAAAAACAUACUCAAUGUCUCAAAGAAAGAAUGAAGUCACCAGCAACUCUUUGCAAGAACCAGGGACGUGAAGAGCAAGUGGCUAGAACUGAAGCUCAGAGACAAGUAGAUCAAAGUAAUCCUCUGUCAGACAAUUCUGACCUGCAAACGAUAUUCCCAUCUGCUGCAGUCAACAGGCCAAGAAAUACAUCUGCAUCACAACAUCUAAUGUCACCUGUGAACUUUAAUGCAUGUGAAAAACAUGAACAGCACAAAGAUGACAGCAGAACUCCAAGAAAAGCUGAGCCACUUGAUGACAAAUGGAUUAAGAGAAGAGAGGAGAGAGAAGAAAAGCCAAGUCAAGAAGGGCUUGCAACUCAGCAUGACGAAACCACAGCAAAACAGUCAGAGAAAGAAGCAUCGCAAAUAGAAAAAGAGAAAAGGGCAGAAGAAAUCAUGAAAAAACGCAUCAUAGAGGAGAGCAGAGCUUCUCUAGCCGAAGAGGAGAGAAGAUCAGCUCAGAGAGAAGAGGAGAGGAGAGCAAAAGAGAGGGAAGCCAUAGCUCUUAGGAUCAAGGAGAGGCGGGAAAAACAGAGAGAAUCCGAUAAAAGAGCAGAGAAAGACAAAAAAGCAAAACAAAUGAAAGAAAACAGAGCUGCUCCAAAAGAAGAAGAGAUGAGCGCAAAGCUAAGAGAAGGAGAAAGAAAAGUGAAAGAAACUGAGCGAACAAAAACUGAGGAAGAGAGAAGAGCAAAACUGAGAAGAGAGGAAGAGCAGUUAAAAGAAAAUGAGAAGAAGAGGUUGAAACAGCAAGAGGAGAGAGCUGUUCAAGAGGAACAGCUGAGGAGAGCUGCACUUGAGAAACAAAAGUUAGCUGUUCAAGAGGAGCAGCAGAGAAGAUCUGCUGAAGAGGAACACCAGAGAAGAGCUGCACUUGAGAAACAAAAUGUAGCUGUUCAAGAGGAACAGCAGAGGAGAGCUGCACAAGAGGAACAGCAGAGGAGAGCUGCACAAGAGGAACAGCAGAGGAGAGCUGCACAAGAGGAACAGCAGAGGAGAGCUGCACAAGAGGAACAGCUGAGGAGAGCUGCACAAGAGGAACAGCAGAAGAGGGCUGUAUAUGAGGAGCAACAGAGAAGAGCAGCACAAGAGGAACAGCAGAGGAGAGCAGCACAAGAGGAACAGCAACAGAGAGCUGCACAAGAGGAACAGCAGUGGAGAGCUGUGCUUGAGAAACAAAAGAGCACUGCACAGGAGCAGCAGAGACGAGCUUUACAAGAAGAACAUCAAAGAAGGGUGGCGCUUGAGAGACAAAAAAUGGCAGCACAUGAGGAGCAGCAGAGAAUAGCUGCACAAGAGGAACAGCAGAGGAGAGCUGCACAAGAGGAACAGCAGAGAAGAGCCACACAAGAGGAGCAGCAGAGAAUAGCUGCACAAGAGGAACAGCAGAGAAUAGCUGCACAGGAGGAACAGCAGAAGAGAGCUGAACAUGAGCAGCAAAGAAGAGCCACACAAGAGGAGCAGCAGAGGGGUGUCACGCAUGAGGAGCAGCACAGGAGAGCUGCAAGAGAGGAACAGCAGAGGAGGGAUGCACAACAGGAACUACAUAUUAUAGCUGCACAAGAACAGCAGAUGAGAGCUGUACUUGAGAAACAAAAGAUAGCUGCACAAGAAGAACAGCAGAGAAGAGCCACACUAGCAGUGCAGCGAAAGAAAGAUGUCCUGAUUGAAGAACGAAAACAAAUCGAGCAGACCGAGGAGAAAAUACUUGCUGAAAUUUUGGAAGAAAGGAAAAGAGCUCAGGGAGGGGGGGGCAGGAAAGCUGUUGAAAAAGAGAAAACAGCUGCAAAGCAAAAUGUAGAUAAACAAGCCAAAGAGGAGAGAACUGUUCAACUUGAGGACAUCAAGGCUGAGGGAGAAAGUCAAGCAGCGCGAGAAUGGCUAACUCAAAGAGAAGAUGAGAUCAAGGCCACAGCGAGUGAGGAAGAUGAAAAACUUGCUACUCAGAGAAAAACAGAGAGAGCUACUCAGAUGGAAGAGCAGCGAAAAGCCGCACAGAUGAUGGAUGCUCUCCAGUAUUAUGCCAUCAACUCAACAGAAUCAGAAAGAAAAACCAAAGAAAGACAAGUAUGCUCCCCAUUUCCUUCCCAACAGAAACACAACCCACCAGAAUGUGACUCAACGGAGGACUCAGGAACACACACAAAGCAUUAUAGGACACAUGGCUCUGCAUCUCCAGCUCCCCGAUCCAACACCUCUUCGCCUGCUCUGGGAGCUAAGCCUUCAAUGUUUAGGGUGAAGGAUAACACCAUCAGAGGUUCCUCUUUCACCAAGCCGGUCAAACCACGCUUCCAUAAGAACUUUGGAGAUGAUUUCCGUGUGGGUUCACCCAUCGAAAGGGUGUCAGAAAGAGGAGAGGAAGAGCAGGAGCUAAUAAGACAUGGUGCUGACACAAGAUCAAACAGACUUGCUGUUAUCAAAGAAUUCUCAACUUCUCAGCCAGCGUCUUCAUCACAGGAUUAUUCAGCUCAUCAACCCCAGCAAAGGCCUUACUCUAGGAGGAGCAUUGCCUUGGAUGAAGAUGACUCUCGCUCUAUCAUCAGCAACAUGUCGGAAGGUGUAGAGAGUUUUGCCACCAGUGCGACAGAUCUGGCAGAUGUACGGAGCCUCUAUGACUACGACAGGCCAGAAUCAGCCUGUAGUUACAGCAGUGACAUGUCCCGAUCAAUGGGAAAGCCGCCAACUGUUCCUCCAAAGAGUGACAAAGCCAUGCAGAGAGCCAAAAGGCUGACGACUCGGAGGAUUAACAAAGAGUUAUGCAAAGCAAAAGAAGAUAAGCAUGCUGGAGUUGAGAAACCUCCUCAAGAAGUGUGCAGAGGUCCUCCCUCCUCCUCAAAUGAGGUACAUUACUCCAACCGUCACGCUGUUGCUUCCCCUCACUUUUCCUCACCUAUCUCCCUUGCUCAUGCUCCAGUCAGUAUGCCCACCUCCCACACAGAGCACCCAUCAUCUCAUCACUCUGUCCAAACUUCCCCUAAUGCAGCUGGUGCUAGCUCCCUCCCAAUUGCUUCACCCCACGUCACUGCUUCUGUUACUCUCCCUGUUGCCUCAUCCAAUCCUACUAGCCCUGCCUCUCACAAUGCUGUUUUGAAAACGGUACCUCAUGUUUCCUCUUCUCCCACUCUCCAUCAUGCCACCCAUCCAGCUCCAGUGACACAGUACCACGUAGAGUCAAGCUAUCCCCAGUCUUAUCCAUUUACACAGCGCAAAGUGCUGCAAGACCUCGGCUCGGGUCAAUAUUUUGUGGUGGAUGUGCCUGUUCAAGUGAAAACAAAGACUUUUUUUGAUCCGGAGACAGGAAAGUAUGUUCAGCUGAAUGUGCGCGAGUCCGGCCAGAGCACCUCCCGACCCCAGCCUCAGCAAACGUACCAACAGCCUCAGCUUCAACCCCAAAUGCGAGUCAAGUCACAACAUCCCCACUCCCAAGCCUCUCCGGCUGGCAAGCCCAUGAUGAUGUAUCAAGGCUAUCACGGGUAUCCUCAAGGUUACCAACCUACAGCUAUCAACUCCGUGCCCCCCAAUGGGUCAUCAACCCCUCUGUCACUUCACCAGAACCAACAGCCUGUCAGGGAGAACCACAGCUAUGGCUAUCCGACCUCUGAAGUGCGAGAGAACUCUGAAGGGCAUCGCUACAGCCCAGAGAAGACACCAUACAUGGACACGGUUAAUGAUACCGAGAAAACAUAUAACACACUUUACAACACACAUGGCUCAUAUGAGGCGUUCCCAGAGUGUGACACAAACAGCCAGCUUGCAGGAAGCUCAGUUUGUGAAAAUGAUAACUCAGCCCACACACGGUAUCAGCCCCGUGAUAUAAUAACUAUGGGUGAACUGGAAGACUUCAUGGAGGUGUCUGACUGGUGGAAAAUGUACUUCUCUAUAGUGGUCCUUGUCCUGACUAAGGCUCUGGUCACAGAGGUAUGUCACGCCCUGAAUGUGACCGUGACCCCUGGACCUAUUGUCAUGGUAACAGAGAAAGACAACUUGACUCUGUCUUGCCUGGUAUCUCAGAGGAAGAGGAGCAACAGUGUUCUCAUCCUGCGCUGGUUCUUCUCUCCUCCUGCUGCUCCCACUCCCAUCCCUCCUCCUCCUCCUCCUCCUCCCUCCUUGUCUCCCUCUCCACCUGCCACCGAGUCCUCUCAGUUUCUCAUCGUGAAGAUGGGUAUCAAGAAGAUGAAGCUGUACGGUAACUACACCCGUCGUUUCCCGUCACCAAAGUUCCGCUUGUAUGAGGACACAGAGGGAGAGCGCUACCGGCUGCAGAUGUUCAGUGCGACGGGGACGGACCAGGGUUUCUACACCUGCAAAGUGCAGGAGAUCCGCAAGCACAGGAACACAUGGAGAGCAUCGUCCAAUGGUAGCAGCACCACUCAGCUCACAGUGCACUUUACUCACGAGGAGGGCAGCAGCGAAGGAGUGUGGCGUUUAUUAUCAGAUGUGUAUCUAUGCGCUGUGCUCAUCUGUUCACUGGGCUUGCUCUCCAUCUUCCUGUUCACUCUGGUUCUCACAUGCCAGUGUUUUUACAAAAGACACAGACUCAAAGCCAGUUACCUUCUUGUCAAGUGUCCAGAAAGCAGCUCAGGAGAAACCGUAACCAGCUCCAGCAGCACCUCCAGUUCCUCUCCCAGAGUGCAAAGGAAAGACACAAGACAAAAGACUGACAGACGAUCCAUCGUGCCACCACCUAAACUACCUGUAGAGCCACCACCACACAUACCAGCCCAAGUGCCUGUUGCUGCAAAGAGACCUCGAAAGCCGAGAAGGUUAAAGACUCAGCCGAGGAGAUCUGCUGCACCCCGAGUAUCACAGGAGGACAGUCUGACAUAUGCAGAACUAGAGCUGGUGAGACCGAGGCCGGAGCCACAAGCCUCCUCCAGUCCUGACCCUGCACCCUCAAGCCCGGACACAGUGUACGCUCAGAUCCUCUUCCAGGAGAAACAGCUGUGAACGCAGCAGCUUGGUGCCUCCCAUGGCAAAGAUUCAGCUCUCAAAACUGAGCAAAGUGGCACCAAAAAGGACUAUAUUUAUGAACUAUCAGUACGGCAUUUAGCAUUUGUUUUUUUGGCUGUAAGUUACAGCUGUUGGUAAUGAGGCUUUUGUGUUUCCUCAGUGCUGUUCCAUUCCAGCGCAGCAGUUUUUUGGGUCUUAUAAUUCAGUUGUUUUGUUUGUUGGCAUUGCUGGCCUGUGAGCCAGAUGUUUAUAAGAAUGUUGUUACUGGUAACCAUUCUGUAUAAACUCUGGAGACUGUGGAAAGAAACCGUUGCCCAGGCUCUCUUUUACUGCCGUGUCAUAAGACACCAAGCCUUUUAACUGCAUUUACAAGUAUAGCACUAAUAAACAGAAAUAAUAAACGUA